AUGUUUGAAGAGCAUAUUCAAGGCAAGGCACUGCGUCGCCUUGCUCGGUUCAGUUGCUCUGUGGGUUUUCUGAUCGAGGGCUACCAAGCAGGCGUUCUCGGCGGCGUACAAGAGACGAAGCCAUUUCAAAAUGCCAUUGGGAAUCCAACGGGAACGGAGACGAUUCCCAUGAUUGCGUCCUCGUAUACCCUGGCAGCGGCAUUCAUGUCAUGCGUCGUCAUGCUCAUUGGAAUGCCUCUUGGUCGACGUAGGUGCAUCAUUAUCGGGAAUGCGUUUAUUGCGGUUGGCGGCGUUAUACAAGCAGCAUCGUUCUCGGUUCCCCAGAUUAUCGUGGCUCGAGUUCUUUGUGGAUUUGGUAUUGCAUUCAUCACUUGCAAUGUGCCGAUGUACAUGUCUGAAAUGAGUGUCGAAGCGCGAGGACGUGGACCCGAGGUUGCCAUAAACUGCUCGUCCUUGCUAUUUGGCGUUGCCCUAUCCUACUGGAUAACAUUUGGUUUUACUCGGAUGACGAACCAAAUCUCAUGGCGCAUGCCGAUCGCCUUCCAAACUAUAUUUGCUGUUCUUUCCGGCGUAUCAAUGGUCUUCCUACCAGACACCCCUCGGUGGUACUAUGCCCGCGAUAACAUCCCCGAGGGCGACAAAACCCUCUCCCGAAUCUUCGGCGUCUACCGCAAGGGCGUCACCAAUCACGGCAACGUUCCGGAAAUCCAAGUCGUGAAACAAACCAUCAUGGAGAACUUCCACGUCGAAGAAGAAUCUAGUAACCGCUUGACCCUCCUGAGUCUUAUCUGGGACAACACUCCACUCCGUGUCGGACGACGAGUGCGAAUUUCUUUCCUGAUUCUCGCCAUUCAGCAGUCAAUGGGGAUCAAUAUGUUGGUCUACUACAUGACGCUCAUAUUUACGAAUGUCGGUCUGUCGGACUUCCUCGCGUCUUUGUUGGCGGCUCUGUCUUUGACUGUGCAAUGGGUUGGUUCGGUGUUGUGCGUGGUCACCAUUGAGCGAAUCGGUCGUCGCCGGAUUAUGAUGUGGACCGCGUGUAUAGAGACAUGCUGCAUGCUCAUUUUCGUGGUCUUGAAUACCCUCCAGCACAAGACUGUCUCGACGCAAUGGGCUGCAGCGAUGAUAAUGUUCCCUUAUAUGUUCUUUUAUGGAUGGGGAUGGGUGGGUUGUCCAUGGCUUUACGGGCCAGAGAUUGCCCCUCUUCGUUAUCGACAUAUUGGAUCUGCAGCCGGACUUCUUGGAGUGUGGCUGUUUACUUUUCUCACAGUCUUUGCAGGAGGCAUUGCGUUUGAGACUAUUGGGGCGAAAAUCUGGAUUUGGCCACUUAUUUUCAACGCCAUCGCUUUCCUCUUCGUGUACUUCAUGUGCCCUGAUCCGACCAACAAAACACUUGAAGAGGUCGAUGCACUUUUCGCUAAGGAUGAAGCCGUUCUCCACCGCCUCAACCACGUUGUCGAAGAGAAGCCAAACGUGCAGGAAAUUGAAGAAUCUACUUAG